AUUUAUUAAAAAAUGGAAAAAAUUCUUAUAGAGAACUCAGUCCCUACGAAUUCUCAACGAAGAAUCCCUAUCACAAUCCCUACAAAAUUUUGUGGAAAAUUUAAAUGGAGGGCGGGAAUGAGGAUGUGAAAGCCUUCUCCAUACCCCGCCCCGUAAACAUCCCUCGAGUGUGGUGCGUGAAUUUCUCUAUAGAUCAUCUCUAAAUAAUUUUUAAAAAAGCAACUAUAUAUUUUUAAUAUAGAAGGUGUAAGCCAAGCCAACCUUAUUAAGCUUCCUAGGGGCGCGUCUUUAGGAGCUGACCAAUGGAAUUCUUACUGGUCAAUUUGAUUUUCUCCUCUUUUCUUCCUACUUUGCAUAUUCUCCAAAACCAAUUGGCUCCAAAUUCUUCAACUUUUGAAGCUAAUUGCGCCGACUUCUCUUCCUGUUGACUUCUACUUGUAAUAUAUAUUCUUUUCCCCGCGGCACCCAUUAAACCAAGAUUUGCCCCCAGAAUCGGAACCUUCCACAGUUGCACUUCCAACUGCUUCUGCUGGUCAAAUAAAAUUUGACACAAACAAACGGCCACACAGACUGGGAGAAGCUUCCUCCUGAGGCCUAUUUAUGUCAAAACCUCACCCCAUCCCUCUACUCAUCAAAAACCCACAUCAAAAUCUUCUCCUAUACCCUUCCAGUUCAAAUGAGUGUGGAAAUAUUGGACAGUGCCACCAUUGUCAACUUCGUCGAAGAUGAGGCGGCCUUUGAUGCCUUCAUCAGAGACCGUUUUGCUCACCUCGACACCAACCAUGACGGUCUCCUUUCCUACACUGAGAUGUUGAGGGAGUUACAGAGUCUCAGAGUCUUCGAGAUCCAUUUCGGAAUCGAUGUGAAGCCUGAUCCAGAUGAGCUUUCUACUGUCUAUAGUUCUCUGUUUUUGCAGUUUGAUCAUGACUCGAGUGGAAAGGUUGAUCUUGAUGAGUUUAAGGCUGAGACCAAGAGGAUGAUGCUGGCUACGGCUAAUGGGAUGGGAUUCUUGCCUGUUCAGAUGGUGCUAGAAGAGGGCAGCUUCUUGAUGAAGGCUGUUGAGAGAGAAACCACCAUAAUGGCUGCUUCAGCAUUCUGAUUGCUCUCCUACUAAAUUACCAA